AUGACAGACCUUCAGCCUGGCAACCGGCAGUUGAUCCCUUCUUGUCUCCAGUACGAUCUUUACCAGGUCGAGCAACAAUUCCGCACACUCUACGACCUUUUCGGUGUCCCGAUCGAUACGUCCCAGGAUGCCAUCAGCAUCGCGUACCUUGCCAAGCUACACGAGGUCAUGCCCGAGAUGCAGCACUGUUGGGAUGCCCUGGCCAAGGAACAAGAGGCUAUGGAGAGAGGCACAGCCGCACAACGACAUUCAGCAGGAGCUUCAUGA